AGAAAGAGGAGGAAUUGCGUAAGGAGGAAGAGCGGAAAAAGGCUCUGGAUGCCCGGCUGCGGUUUGAGCAGGAACGGAUGGAGCAGGAGCGGCUGGAGCAGGAGGAGAGGGAGCGGCGCUACCGGGAGCGUGAGGAGCAGAUCGAGGAGCACAGGCGGAAGCAGCAGAGCAUGGAGGCGGAGGAGGCCCGACAGCGCCUGAAGGAGCAGUCCAUCUUUGGGGACCAGCAAGAGGAGGAUGACAGACAGCAGUUCAGAAAAUCGGAGUCGGAGGUGGAGGAGGCUGCUGCCAUCAUUGCUCAGCGGCCCGACAACCCCCGGGAUUUCUUCAAGCAGCAGGAGCGAGUGGCAUCGGGCAGCAGUGAUGCUGUCUCACCAGGCAGCCACAGGACAGGUCGUCUUCACUGUCCUUUCAUAAAGACAGCUGACAGUGGGCCGCCUUCUUCCUCCUCCUCCUCCUCCUCCCCCCCGCGGACCCCCUUCCCCUAUAUCACCUGCCACCGCACCCCAAAUCUCUCCUCUUUCUUCCCAUGCAGCCAGUCGGACGCCUUCCGCAAGGCCUCAGCAGCGGGCUGCAGCCCCUGCGAGCCCAGCCCGGCCGCCACGCCGCUGGGCGACCCGGGCACCCGCGCGUCCGCUGAUGAGACGCCGGCAACGCCCAAAGAGUCCCCCAGCCCCAGCGCACAGGAGCCCGGGCCAGCCACGCCCGAGCAGCACUGGCCCUUCCCGGGGCCCGAGGACAAGGCCACUGAGCCCCCCGGGGAUGAACCCAGCAGCCCCAGGUCGGUGUGGACAGCGGGGGGUGAUGCCCUGGGGGACCUGGUGACCCUGGAGCCCACCGAGCCCUCCCCACUGCCCGUGGCCGCCGAGCCUCAGACUGGGGAGGCUCCCAACCCCGAGAGCCUCAUCGACCUGUGGCAGAGCGAUGGGGCAAACCCCCCAGCUGCUUGGCCCCUGCCUGCUGCCCCUGUCCCCGAAGCCCCCCCAUCCGCACUGCCCGAGGAGGGGGCCCUGCUGAGCCUGGACGAGCUGCCUGAGCCCCCUGCCACCUUCUGCGACGUGGAGCAGGAGGAUGAGGAAGAUGAAGCAGCUGGCGAGGGGGACCCCCAGUCCCAGGGGCUCGGCUGCCAGCACGUGCCCCAGGAGGACAGUCCGGGCAGAGAGAGUCCCCCCAUCACCAAUGGGGAGAUGGCCCCCAAGGAUGGGACGCCAGGUCGUGGGGAGCAGGCCAGCGAGGGCUACUUCAGCCAGUCCCAAGAGGAGGAGGUGCCCCCCCCCGAGGAGCUGUCGGCCAAAGCCCCCCAGCCCGUCUUCUACAACAAGCCCCCAGAGAUCGACAUCACGUGCUGGGAUGCAGACCCCCUGCCCGAGGAGGAAGAGAGCUUUGGGGGGGCCCUGUGAGCCCGGGCCCCGCUGCCGGUGCAGGCAGCCUGCCCCGGCCGGCGCGGGGCACGAGGGGGCUGCAGCCAGGGGCCGGGCCCCCCCCUCACCCCACUGAGGCCCCGCAGGAUGAGGCCUCCAGGUGGGGGCCGCCCCGCUGCAACCCCGCCCCGGGGCACCUUUUACAGCCCCCCCUUCUCCUCUCUUUUUUAAGUUGUCGGUAGGAGCCGUGUCAGCCCCCCAGCCCCACCUUAGCAGUCCCCCCCCAAUACCCCAGCGCCCCUUUGGGGGGGACGACACACACGCUCGCAUCCCCUGCCUGGCUGUGGGACAGGGUCCUCGUUCUCUUCGUGCCCCCCCCAGGAGUCCCCCAGUACUUUGCACGAGUUCAAAGAAAAGAAAUAAUAAUAAUAAUAAUAAUAAUAAUAAAUGAAUAUGGCAAUAAAGUGACCCAACCGAGGCGAGGCUGCGGCCAGCGGCGUCCCCCCCCAAAUCCCAGCAGGGAGCUGGUGUGGGGGCUUUUACCCCUUCCCGACUCCCUCCUUGCUGGGAGCCCCAUCCCCUCCUGCUUGGCCCCUGCUUGGCCCCUCUCCCCCUGUUCCCUUUGGAAACUUUUUGGAAAGCACAAGUUCUGUACCGGCAGUGUGCUCAUGUCUGUUAAUAAAUAAAGCGUCUCCCA